UAUCAGAAUUAUCUAGUAACUGGAAUCUAUAGUUAGCAGCAGUUGUGUAGAUACAGCCAUUGUAAUAAUAUAACACAGAAAUGCGCGUUUCUAUUUUAAUCCUAAUAAUAACUCUGAAAGUAACAGAAAACUUCGCAAUCGAGAAGAGGGAGCAACAUAAUGGCGAACAAAAGUUACUUUUAAGAAAAUUGCUGAGUUUACAACAAAACAAUUCGCCGGAAAAAGCCUUGAUGUGGAACGAGAUUUUCGCAAAUGUGUUGGUGAACAAGAUAAAAAUACUGUUCAACAAACAACCUGAAUCCGGACUCGAAGACAAUCCAGAUGUCGUCACAAAGUUUGUGAGCCAGAUUAUAUCACUGUAUGGCAAGUUGUUUUACAAAGUUAACGACAUGACACAUAAUAGUGGGAAAAAUGAAGUAGAAACUGAGGUUGAUGAAAUAGUGGACCCAAAAAAAGAAGUAGAAGAAGUCGAACCGAAAUAUCAUGGACUUUUAGAAAAUAUGACGGAAAACUUUGAUAUUGAUAAGAGGUCCGUGUGUCCCGAACACUCGGUGAGUGAUGGAAAAGGAAACUGCAUCGAUUCCGUAAAUUCGAGGUUUAUUAUGGCCAUACCGUACCAAUGUCCGACCGGAUACAGGAGGGACAGGUUAGGCUACUGUAGAGCAAUAUUUUGAAUAAAGUUAAAAAGAAUAUAAAACAAUAAAGCAUACUUA